AUGGAUGACGAUCCUAAUACAGCUGAUAUUUCAUUGGUAAGCUUACCACCACCAAGAAAUAUUGGGAUACGUCCUAAAGUUUUUAUUAAUAAUAUUACUGCCCGCCUUGUACCCUUACAAAACAAUGGAACCCAAAAGAGGAAAUUAAUUAAAUUAAAAGCUGUUGCAGGGAAUCUUCAAAAACCAUCGCAUAAAUUACCUAUUAUUAAAUUUCUAACGGGUGACAAAUGUCUUAACAUUGAUUCUCAAAAAAUUAAUAGUAAACAUAACGGUUCAUUACUAAAUGAUGUCACACCUCCCGGUAAAUUGUAUGCAAUAUCGCAACCAUCAUCUACUAUUAACAGUUCAUGUAGUCCUAUUAAACUUGUGAAUGAUAGUGACGAUAGGUUACCAGAAAAAAAGGACAAAAUAACAAGGCAAAAUGGGACAACAAUUGUUGUACAUAGCAAAAAAAAAAUUGAUACUACAGCAAAUAUAAUAGAAAACGCGGGCUCGGAAAUUGCUACUUCUGAACAAUCAAAGAGUUUGCAUUUGACUAGAGUUAUAACUACAAUUCCAAACUUAUCGUUAAUACAAAGAACAAAUUAUAAUAAGAUUCCAAAGAUUAAAAUAAUAACUAACAGUGUAGUUAAUUCUGCAAUGGAGGAUAAUACCAACAAAAUUGAUAUUAUCCAUAAAACUGAUUAUAUAUCAACAGAUAGUUGUAAGUUAAAUGAAGAUAACGUAAAUAAUGAAUUGAAUGACAUACCAAAUAUAAGCAAUGAGAAUGGUAUUAAACAAGGAAGCGGAAAUGCUAAUGAAUCAACGGUAGAAAACGAUUAUGAAUUUGCGCUACGCCUUCAAAGAGAAUUAGACGCUGAGGAGAAACGUAAAAGACUACGGAGGAAAUCUGAACCUAAACCUGACAGUAAAAUUGAUACAUCAAUCACUAAAACCAAAUCAACCAAAAAGGAAUCACAAAGUAUAAAAAAAGAAAAGAAAAAAGACGAAAGUAAUGGUGAAGAGAUAAACAACAUAAAGAAAAGAGGAAGAAAAACAAAGAAAGAUACAUUUAUUAACAAAGACAGAAGUGAUGACGAAGCAAAGAAUAAAAUGUCACCACAUACAGAAAAUAAUAUUUCACUAAAGGAAGGUCCAAAAAAACGUGGUAGGAAAUCAAAAAAGGGUGUUGAUAACCUUUUAUCUAAUGAAAAGAAAGUUGAUGAAAGUAAUAUUGAAAAGUCUUCCGAUUCACCAGCUUCUGAAUCAUCAACAGAGAAAGAAAGUAAUGUUGAUUUGUCAUUGGAAAAAUAUCCUAGACCUCGAACGAUGGGAUUUGAAAAGAUAAUAAAAAAUGUUUAUCGUUGUGAGCCAGAUAUUGAUUACAGGUUAGCAGAUGAAGUUUGUGACUGUAGACCAUCAGAUCCAAAUAAUAUUCAAGCAAAUAGUGGUUGUGGCGAAAAUUGUAUCUCAAGAUGUAUGAAUCUCGAAUGUCACGGAUGUGCAUUUGGUAGAAAGGGUUGUUCUAAUCGGCGAAUGCAACGCCGUCAAAACGCUCCUGUUGAAGCUUUUUGGGCUGGGAUCAAAGGAUGGGGAUUAAGAGCUAAAGCUGAUAUCUCAAAAGGUGAUUUUAUAAUGGAAUAUUGUGGUGAGGUACUUAAUGGUAAACAAGAAAAUAGGAGAGCUCGUCGAUAUGCUAAAGAUAACCAAAAACAUCAUUAUUUUAUGCAUCUCACAUCAUUAACAACAAUUGAUGCUUAUUACAAAGGUAACAUUUCACGUUGCAUGAAUCAUUCUUGUGACCCAAAUGCACAAACGGAGAAAUGGCGUGUCAAAGGUAUUACACGGGUAGGAUUUUUUGCCACUAAAAAUAUAAAAAAAGGUGAAGAGAUAUGCUUUAAUUAUCACUUUUUUAAUUAUGGUAAAGAACCUCAGAAAUGUUAUUGUGGGUCAGCUAAAUGUAAAGGAACAAUUGGUGAGGCUAUUCCUAAUGAUCCGGGUGUUGUUGAUGAUGAUUAUGAAAGUAGUAGUUGUACAGAUACAGAUUCACCUUCUGAGAAUGAUUCUGAGGAAGAAGAUGAAGGAGUUGAAGUUACUCCUACAGAUUCACCUCCCGAUGAAAAUAAAAAUGUCGAAGCAGAAGAAGUUUCUAUAAGUGUUGUUAGUUCUAAGAAAAAUCUUAAAAGUCCUAUUAAAAAAUCUAAAAUAGUUGAAGUUGUUAAAGAAUCUAGUUCAUCAAAAGAUGAUGGAAUUACUAUUACUAAAGAUGUUCCUAAAAAAUCUUUAGAAAAAAUUAUUAAUAAAGCAGUGGAAGAUGAGGAUAUGUCUGAUAGUACAUUAUCAUCAGAUGACGAAGUUGAUGAAAGUCCAUUGGUAGUUAAUAAAAAAGAAGAAACUCCUGUAGAAAUAGUUAGUUUAACAAAAGAAGAACUUAAAGAAAUAGAACAUUUCAAGGAGAAGGUUGGAGUAUUUGCGGAAAUUGUUAAUAAAGAAGCAGAUAAUAAAUGUAUUUCUCCAUCAACAAUAACGAAAUGUUGUGAUAUGUUAAAUGACUGUUUUUCUGUUCAACAAUCUAUCGUUGUAACGCCAUUGAUUAAAAGAAUAACUGAAAUUAAGACAAAAGAAACACAGUUAUUAGAAAAUGGUGUUUUGAAAAUACUCACAGAUCAUCUAAGUAUGAAUAAAUUUGUUGAUGGAAAAGGAUAUUCAAUGUUUAAUAUGGAUAUGCUUAACUAUAUUGAAAUGUUACUUGAUUCAAUAAUCAAUAUUUUGUUGUAUGAGAAAAUGGGUAAAUAUGCAAAAUUUAUUGCUGAAUCUCAAUUAGAGGUUGUUCUACUGGAAGUUUAUGGUAAAUUGGUACAAAUGGCAAAAGAUAGUACAUUUAAUCAUAAUUCUGAAACGGUUAAACUUGUUGGUGAGAUUAAAGAAAAAGUAGCUUAUGCUAAAAAUAAAGCAAAAGGAUAUAUUAAUGAAGAUCCAGAUGCUGUUAAGAGUACAGCUAUUAUUGAAGAUAAAAUCAAUAGGCAACAAAGAAAAGAAGCAAGAGAUAAUUAUAGAUAUUCACAUCGUAAACAGCGAUAUCAUGAUUCAUAUUAUAGAAGAAGAGGGUAUUGUGAGAGAAGAAGAAAGUAUGAAUCAAGACGUUAUUAUAAUAGUAGGAGAAAUAGCUAUGAUAGAAAAAGAUCUCCAGAUUAUGGUUGUUAUAAAAAUAAAAGAAGGCGUGAAAAUUCUGAGGAUAAUUAUUAUAAUGAUAGUAAACGUAUUAAAACAGAUUAUAGAGAUAAUUCAUACAGAGGAGAAAGUUAUCGAAAACGUUCCUAUUCUAAUAAUAGAUCUCCAUCAAGAAGCUACGGAAGAAGUCGCUAUCGAUCAAAGUCAACAGAACGGAAAUAUUCUAGUGAUGUUCGAAAAUAUAAUGAAUACAGAAGAAGUAGAUCUCGUUCAAGUGACCGCUUAAGACACAGAAAUUCAAGGAAAUAUUUCGAAUCACCUUUACAUGACAAGAAAGAUUAUAGAAGAGAUUAUAGAAGGAAAUUAAGCAAUUCUCCAAGAAACAGUAUUAGUAGAUGUGGUGAUUCAAGAUCUCAUUAUAGAAGUAGAUCCCCAAGAAGGGAUUCAUUGUCUAUUAAACACAAAAAGGAUAUUGAUAAAAGAAGAGAUGAUAGAAGGUGUGAUGACAAAAAAAAUGAGAUAAAUAAGAAAGAAUAUAGUUUUUCUUCUAAAAGUGAUAAAAACAAAUAUAAUGAAAGGAAAAGGUCACCAUCAGAGAUCAUGUCAUAUGAUUGUGUUAAGAAAAACAAAUUAGAAGUAGAAGAAAAGAAAAAUUCCAAUGAUAAAGUUAGAGAGGAAAGAAUUUCUGAUGUGAAAAGUAAAGAUAGGAGGGUACACGAAGAUAAGGAUAAAAAAAAUUCUGAUGAUAAAAGUAUGAAUAAGAAACCUUCCAACGAUAAAGAUAAUAAUAGGAGGAUUUCCGAUGAUAAAUAUAAGGAUAAUAGGGCAUCUGAUGAUAGAUAUAAGGAUACAAAAGCAUAUAAUGACAAAUUUAAAGAUAGAAAAAAAUCUAGUGACGAUAAAAAAAUAUCACAGGACAAAGUUGAUAACACAAAGAAUAUGGAUGAAAAAUAUAGAGAUAGAAAAAUCCCAGCUGAUGAAUUUAAAGAUAGAAAGAUGCAUGAUGCAGAUUUUGGAAAAAUUUCAGGUAGCAAAUAUAAAGAAAAAAAGUCUUUCGACGAUAGAAAUAGUGAUAGAAAAGAUUCUGAGAAAAAAACUAAAGAUAAGAAAACAUCUCUUGAUAGAGUCAAAGAAAAACCUCGUGAAUCUUCUCCAUAUAUUCCUACAUUAAAGAAACGUAUUGAUGAAAUAAUGGGUUUUUCAAAGGAUCAGGGGGAACACUCAAUGAAUAAAGAUAAAAAAGAAGAGGGUAAUACUGAAAAAAAGAAUUUAUCUCUAUCUGAUUUACAUCAUCAAAUCAGUUUAGCUCGUUCAAAGAUAAAAGCUAUACAUGAUGGUAAGCCUACACGCAAUUCUAUUAAUACAUUUAAAAAAGUUUGA